AGUGGAGCUUGUCAUUGCGAAACUCCUAGGGAUUGGCGUGGGCAGUGACUAUGGCACUGUGCAGGUGGUGCCCAUUGAGAUCAGUCGCCCUGUUGCAAUGUCCUCCGUAGCCGACGACGGCAGCAACAACAACAAGGCUAAGUUCAUGGUAUGUUUAGUGGAGAAUAGACACAAUAACAAUAACAACAAGGCUAAGUUCAUGGUAUGUUUAGUGGAGAACAGAUACAAUAACAAUAACAACAAGGCUAAGUUCAUGGUAUGUUUAGCGGAGAAUAGACACAAUAACAAUAACAGCAAGGCUAAGUUCAUGGUAUGUUUACUGGAGAAUAGACACAAUAACAAUAACAACAAGGCUAAGUUCUUGGUAUGUUUAGUGGAGAAUCGAUACAAUAACAAUAACAACAAGGCU